AUGCUCGCAGUCGGAUUCAACAAGAUGCAACAGGAACUCCAAGUUGUGCUGGACAACCAAGACGAAUCCAAGGUCCGGGCAAUCCUCUCUCCAAUCGACGCUUUGAGUUUCGGGAGACAGAUUCAGAAAUUCAAGGAGAAGCUGGAUGAGGGAUACCCCGGAACCUGCUCUUGGUCUCUCAGCAACAAGGACAUCACGCAGUGGUUUGACAGGCCAGGCGAGGUUCUCCUCUGGAUAUAUGCCCUUCACGGCGUCGGAAAGUCAGUAACAUGUGCCUAUGUCAUCGAAAAUCUCGUGCCCAUAGGAUCUGUCAACGACGCGACCGUGAAGAGAGCCCUCCGCCGUAUUCUGCAGGCAAAGACAAAGAAGCGGCGCCAGAAUAAUCCGCCGAGGAUCUUUCUGGAAGCAAUGGUUGGGGCCAAUUUGGGCUUCAAAUCAGGCGGGCUCAUUGAUGAUCGGCCAGGCAUAAUCUUGCACAACGGGACCAGUGCGCAGUCUCCCGUGGUCGCGGCGGUCUGCUACGAAUCCGUAGAGUCUCUUAGCUUCGUCGACUUUGAUAUCCAGAGUAUCAUUCUGCCGCCAAAGCUGCCCAACCAGUCUGGCGGCCCGAUACGCAAGGACCUGGCCGAAUCCCGGAUGCUCCGGCGCAUGACUCCCGAUAAGAAUAUUGCAUUGAGAUUCUCUGUUGAAGUAACGGAGAAGGCCCGUAGGGAGGAAUUCGAAUGGAGAAAAUGCAGGCAAAACGGUCUUACUGGACCCACUGUUAAGCUCGCAGACCAGAUUCAUAAGGUUACUGAGGAGGAGGAGCCUGGGCGGCGGCAUUAG